AUGUAUGAUAUGGAGUUCACUGAGGAUAUUCUACAGUUUAAAGGACGGAAUAUCAUCGCCGUAUUUCCAGGAACAACAAUUGGUACUGCAGAUGACCACGUGCUUCUAGUCGGGGCUCAUUAUGACACUGUUUCUAGCUCGCCAGGUGUGGAUGACAAUGGGUCGGGAUUGGCUGUUCUACUGGAGACUGCUAGAAUCUUGAGGAAAGAAAUGUGUAAACCUAAACACACAAUAAUUUUCGUGGCUUUUGACUUUGGGGAGAAAGAUCAACUUGGAAGUUUCAAUUUUGUGCACAAUUGGUUGCCGACCUUUCUGUCUAACAGCGACGGGACCAACAGUACAUUCAUGGGUGCCAUCAUUAUGGACUGCGUUAUGAAUUAUAACAACACGGAAAACAGCCAACACUUUCCCCUGACUUUCAGUUUAGCUUUUCCCGAACUAUACUUUGCUCUCCAAUCUGAAAACUUCAAGGGGAAUUUUUUAGCUGUGGUUGGAAGAGAACACGAUGAUUCGCCGUUGCUUACAAGACAAGAACUAAUGUAUUACGAAAAUCUUCUCAGAAGUGACCAUGCAGCAUUUUGGCGUAAUGUACCGAAGUCAUACAGCGCGAUCUACCUAACGGAUACAAGGGAAUACCGUGGUUCAAUGGUCAGAUGCUACCACCAAUCCUGUGAUAAUAUCGCGUCUAUCUCAGACAAUGGACUACUAUACAUGGCGAAAAUAACACGUACUCUUGUAAAUAUGAUCAAAGAGAUUGCAGUAGAGGAGCAACCCGGUGGAUGCGUUGAUUCCGUUUUAGUUGAGGAGAAUACUCAUUCCACCACCAUUGAGACAUCUGGUACAUCUGCCUAUGUAUUAUCUGUAUAUCUCUUCCCCAUGUUCGUGUAUUGGAUUCCCUAUUACAACGAAUACAUCUAA